UGCAAUUUUUUUUCCCUAAGGGAAACAUCUCAGAGAUAUUAAGAAGUAACAGAUGGAAUAAAGUUAUGCGUACGGUACAUGAGAAUUUUCCCUUUUUCCACUUCAACAAGAAUAUAAAGGGACUCCGCCCAUACCUGCUUUCUCCAGUAAUUUUUGGUCCAUGCACUUACGAAACUUGAAUAUCAUGUCGACCUCAGUGUUUCAAAUUCUUCUGCUUCUGGUUUUCCUCAAGUUGCAAGCAUCAGGUGCUGCACCUGGACUUGCGAAGCCUAACUGUCUUGAAACAUGCGGGAACGUCCCCAUUCCCUUCCCCUUCGGAAUAGGAGCCGGGUGUUUCUUCGAGGAAUGGUACCAGAUCGUCUGCCAACAAAACAACAUGGUUCCCAUUCUGAAGAAGAUUGGAUUGCGAGUUCUCAACAUUUCACUCCCUGAUUUCGACGUGGAUGGCAUGAUUAACGUUAGUCUUCCUGUAAUUUACUCAAAUGCAAGCUGCGGGGGUGACGGACGUGCUGCGGGGGUGAGCUUGGUAGGAAGUCAAUUUGUCUUCUCCCAGACAAGGAAUAUCUUUACAUUGGUCGGUUGCAACACCCUGGCCACAGUGAAUAUCACACAAUCAGCUUUUGUCGGUUGCAGGUCGAGAUGUGCUGGAACCAACACCAGCUUUAGCUGGAAUAGUGCUUGUUCCGGGAGGGAUGGCUGCUGCCAGACUAUGCUCCCCCUUAACCUUCAAGGCUUUAGUGUGGAUUUCAAAGAAAAAGGUGGACAUCAGGGUGCAAGUAUGCUUUCUUGA